AAUAGUUGUCGAAUGCCAUGGCCACUGACGGUGGUCCGCCAAUCUGGUUUGUCGCACUUGUCACCAAGCUGCGCUACUGCAGCCUUUGCACGCACAGUCUAACUGGCGGUGUAGAUCCGCUCAAAGAGUUUCGAUCUAGCCCUCUGCUGAGAAGUUGUAGGAUCUCGAUUGUAGAUGCAUCGACACGGGACCGGACAUGGCGCCUUCUGAAGGAUUAGAUCCUGGCAGCGAUAGAGUGCUAUCCUUCAUUUCGAAAUCGCUUAUGGAGGUGCAAAAGAGUACGGGAGUGGACAUGAAACUGAUUCAGUCAAGUGUCGAAUCGUUUCGAGAGAGUUCUAAAACCUUGAACGUCAGAAACUGGAAGAAUUCUCCUCUGCCAAAUUUUUCUGUGAAGGGUGAUGACUUCCGGAAUCCUCUCAAUCUCAGUGUGGACGAUUUUGAUAUCCUCAAGAGUUUGAAGCCUAAGAUAGGCCGGUCGUGGUCGGACUCGUCCAUGCAGGAACGCAAGAACGAGCUCUGGCUCGUGCCACAGAUGGACAAGGCUCUAGGGUUGGGGAAGAAUCGCGAGAGGGGUGUUACCAAGCAAGAUGAUGAGAGACGUGUCGUGAAAAAACCGCAAGGAGCGAGGAGAAAGAUUAGGGUUUCAGAGAAGUGGGAAGAGCCUCUGAAGAAGGUAAAGCAAUCAGUGGAGGAGAGUUUGCGAGACUUGGAGACUACGGCAGCGACCAGCAAGACGCCCGGAGAGUUUUUCGAGAAUGUCCAAAAGACGGAGUUCUUUGAAAAUGUUAAGAAGAAUCUCAAACUCGCUAAGGCUUCCGACGUCGGUACAAAUACUGACAGUCAUGGGACAGAUGUGGCGCCGCUGACUGUUCCAGAGUUGCUCGAAUCUUUGAUGCGGCAGUCUGAGCCCUUAUUGGAUCACUUUGGUAUCAAAAGAGAGGUUACUGAGAAGUUUCGUGAGAUGUUGAGGAGACCUACAGCUCCUGACGGUGCUGCAGUUGGAAAACGUGGUCUUCCUCACAUGAGAAAGGAACCCUUAAUAGAAGAUGAGCUUGAUUUAAGAAUUGCCAGCGUAAUUCAAAGCACGGGUUACAAGCACAAGGGAGGGCUUUGGACAGAGAAUCAUGCAUUUAAGCAAACCACCGAGGAUAUGCACCGUAAUAUUGCCAUUGUUACAACCGCAAGCUUGCCCUGGAUGACAGGGACAGCUGUGAAUCCUCUGUUUAGAGCAGCUUACUUAGCACGAUCUGGGGAGCAGAAAGUGACUUUAUUGGUGCCUUGGUUGUCCAAGAAAGAUCAAGUGCUAGUGUAUCCAAAUCAAAUGACCUUUGAAUCCCCUGCCGAGCAGGAAAGCUUCGUGCGAAAGUGGGUGGAAGACCGAGUUGGUUUCAAGUGUGACUUCAAGAUAUCAUUUUAUCCUGGCAAAUUCUCUUUAGAAAAACGUAGUAUCCUUGCAGCUGGGGAUAUCUCUCAAUUCAUUCCUGACCAGGAAGCUGACGUAGCCGUGCUCGAAGAGCCAGAGCACUUGAACUGGUAUUACCAUGGAAGACGUUGGACUGAUAAGUUCCAGCAUGUUGUUGGUGUGGUUCACACAAAUUACUUGGAAUAUGUUAAGCGGGAGAAGAAUGGGAGAGUUCAGGCUUUUCUUUUAAAGCACGUGAACAAUUGGGUGGUUCGAAUAUACUGCGAUAAGGUAUUACGUUUGUCAGCUGCAACCCAGAAUUUACCGCGAUCAUCUGUCUGCAACGUGCAUGGAGUAAACCCUCAAUUCCUGAGUAUUGGACGGGCGAUUGCAGAGGUUGAAGGGGACAAACCCAAAUUCUCGAAAGGAGCUUACUACCUAGGCAAAAUGGUAUGGGGAAAAGGAUACAGAGAACUGAUGGAUCUCUUAGCGCAGAAUAAAGAAGUCCUCGGCAACAUCAAUAUGGACAUAUUUGGAAGUGGGGAAGAUUCAGAUGCAGUUAAAGAUGAGGCUCAAAAACACGGAUUGGCCUUGGAUUUUCAUCCAGGGAGAGAUCAUGCUGAUGCCUCCCUCCAUGGCUAUAAAGUUUUCAUCAACCCAAGCAUAAGCGAUGUGGUGUGCACAACAACCGCUGAGGCGCUGGCCAUGGGCAAGAUCGUUGUCUGCGCAGAUCAUCCUUCUAAUGAGUUUUUCAUGUCCUUCCCAAAUUGCUAUAUUUACCGUACUCCUGAAGAGUUUGUCGAGAAGGUGAAAUUGGCACUCACAUCUGAGCCACUACCUCUGACGCCAGAACUUCAGCACCUUCUCUCGUGGGAGGCUGCCACGGAUCGGUUUAUCGAUUCUGCAGAGAUCAAGAGAUUACCACCGCGAAGGGCAAUAAUGGGCAAGGGAAAGGGAAAGCUGCGGCGGCUACCCAUUGAUGCUGCAAAACGGCGGACCAUGGCUCUGUCACUGGCGUUGCCCAAGAGGGCGCUGAGUAAUAUGCUUGACAGAGGACUUGCAUUCGCUCACUAUUUUCUCUCAGGCAUUGAGGUAGCGAGAAGAGCAGCUGGAGCUUUGCCAGGAACUAUGUAUAUUGAUGAAGAGUACCGCAAAGACUUAAACCUUCCAACUCCACCUCCCCGAAGGAUUGUUUACGGUUGGUAGCCUGGUGAGAACGCUCGCAAGUCAAGAUCAGUUGUUGUCGCCAGUUAAUACAUUGUAUCGCACUUCUGUUUAGACAGCGUAGCGUACGACUACGUAAGAUGUCCUCAAUGUCUUCCGGGGACCCAGUCUUGCGAGUGUUCUCACCAGGACACUCGCUAACCUGGCACAGCAUGAACACAGGCUGGACCUUUGGAUUUUUAGCGAAGAAAAUGAAAUAUUUCAUCCACUUGUCUGCAGUUUUAGAGAUAGACCCUUGCAUGUAUAUUAAGAUGUAGCAGCCUGCCGCUUGCAGGUGGGGCCCGAGCGGUUAAUGUCUGUGCCACUUGCCAUCGUUUGUAACUUAAGUUCAUUCAGCUCCGUUCUCGUUCAGUUUUCUAUCUA